UAUUUUUAGAGGUCAUUGUUCUUUGAUAAUGAUAAGAAAUUCUCCGGUGCUUGAAAAACUAAAAAGAACUAAAUAAAAAGACUUCUAUUAAUUUAUAAUAAAUCAAUUAAUCUUUUUACUUAUAUGUUCGUUGUCCUCGAACCUUUAAUCGUACCCUCCAGAAAAUUAUAACCAACAUCGUCACAAUGGUUCAGGUUAUGAAAGGAAUAUUGGUCGAAUGUGACGCUGCAAUGAAACAAUUCUUAUUAUAUUUGGAUGAAACGGUGGCCCUAGGACAGAAAUUCAUUAUACAAGAUUUGGAUGAUAGUCAUUUAUUCAUCUCGGCUGAUAUUUUGGAAACAUUACAAGCAAGGAUUGAUGAUUUAAUGGAUCAAAUCAGUUUUCCGGUCGAGUCGUAGUUAUGUUUUGUGCAAGAUUUCCAUUAAAUAUUGUAAUAUUCGUAAUUUCGUAAUGUAUUUUGUAAAGUUUUCGUAUUCUAAGGAUUAAGUCUGUUGUGUUUCACGUGUGAAGUACAGUAAAAAUAAAACAUCCUUUUGUAUUGGUGA